AUGUCCUCUGCUGCCGAAAAGAAACCUGCCUCCAAAGCUCCAGCUGAAAAAAAGCCAGCUGCCAAGAAAACUUCUACUUCUACCGAUGGUAAGAAGAGAACUAAGGCUAGAAAGGAAACUUACUCCUCUUACAUUUACAAAGUUUUGAAGCAAACUCACCCAGACACUGGUAUUUCUCAAAAAUCCAUGUCUAUUUUAAACUCCUUUGUUAACGAUAUCUUUGAAAGAAUUGCUACCGAAGCUUCUAAAUUGGCUGCUUACAACAAGAAGUCUACUAUUUCUGCCAGAGAAAUUCAAACCGCUGUAAGAUUGAUCUUACCAGGUGAACUGGCUAAACAUGCUGUUUCUGAAGGUACUAGAGCUGUUACCAAAUACUCUUCCUCUACUCAAGCUUAA